UAUAUUGCCAAUGCUUUCUCCGAGAUAACGCUGUGCUUUAACGCAGGGUGGUUUAUUAUUAAAGUUAAAGAGAGCACUCAACACGAUAAGUCAGCCGCACUCAAACUUUGGCACAUCCUCAGUAUGGGGGAGUAGCCUGGUGUGGUCUUCCUGCUCGAUAAGCGAAGGAUUUAUUGUGUCUACUCUUAACUGGCCUAAAUUUGUACACCGCUUUUCUAACCAGUGGGCACUCACAGCGCUGUACAAUAUUUCCUAACAUUCACCCAUUCGUGGACACAUUCACUCACCGAAGGCGAGGUCAACCAUGCAAGGAGACAGCUAGCUCGUCAGAGGCAGUCAGGGUGAGGUGCCUUGCUCAGGGAAACCUCGACACUUAGGAGGAGCCGGGGAUCGAACUAGCAACCUUCCGGUUACCAUUCAACCCGCUCUACCUCCUGAGACACAUGCCGCUGACUUGUACGCCUGCAUUGAUAAGCGUUCGCAGGCUGAGGAGAAGAGCAGCCAGGCCCCAUGGCCGCCCCCGCCGACCCAGAGGUGAAGGAGCUGAAUCCAGUGGACUUCAUCCAGCUGCAGCAGUACAUUGAAUACUGCAGCCUGAAGGUUAAAGAUGUGCUGAGGGAAUUCGAUGCAGACGGCCGUUUGGCCCAGCACCGCCACGGAGAGCGCAUCAACGAGGAGGGCUUCCGUCUCUUCCUGAAGACCUACCUGGAGGUGGGGGACCUCCCCCUCGACCUCUGCCAGAGGCUCUUCCGCUCCUUUGAGAACUCUCAGUCGGCCCAGGAUGACAGCGCUAAAGAGGUUUAUUUGAAGGACGUCUCGUGUUACUUCUCCCUGCUGGAGGAUGGUCAACCCAGGGACAAGCUGGAAUUUGCCUUCAAGCUCUACGACCGGGAUGGCAACGGGGUCCUGGACAGCUCUGAGGUGGACCGGAUCAUAGCCCAGAUGAUGCACGCCGCAGACUACCUGGGAUGGGAUGUGUCCGAACUCAGACCCGUGCUGAAGGACAUGAUGGUGGCCAUCGACGCCGACGCCAGCGGCACCGUGUCCCUGGACGAGUGGGUGGAGGGGGGCAUGAACAACAUCCCCCUGCUGGUCCUGCUGGGGCUGAAGAUGACCCAGAAGGACGGGCAGCAUCUUUGGAGAAUGAAGCAUUUCAACAAGCCUGUUUACUGCAACGUCUGCCAGAACAUGCUGCUGGGACUGAGGAAACAGGGCCUGUGCUGCACCUGUUGUAAAUACACGGUCCACGGCCGCUGUGCCAACCGGAGCACGGCUCCCUGCACCAGGACUUACGUCAAGUCAAAGAAAGAAACCGGGGUCCCAGCGCAUGACUGGGUGAUCGGGAACUGCGACUCGGGGAAGUGUGACAAAUGCCAGAAGAAGAUAAAGAGCUACCAGGGCCUCUCGGGCAAACACUGCGUCUGGUGCCACACCAUGCGCCACGAUGAGUGUGUCGCCCACGAGCCGAUAGAGUGCACCUGCGGACCCCUCCGAGACCACGUCCUCCCUCCCUGGGCCAUCUACCCCGUCAUAAAGGAGCGGCGAGGAGAGGUGAAGAACGGAUGCCCAACGGCCACAGAGGAAUCUGAGCUCAACACCACUCCCGACGGCCAGGUGCUGCAGAUCAGCCCAGUGGCCAACACCCAUCCUCUGCUGGUGUUUGUGAACCCUAAAAGUGGAGGGAAACAGGGCGAAAAGGUGCUGAGGAAGUUCCAGUACCUGCUGAACCCACGGCAGGUCUUCAACCUGCUGAACGGGGGACCUGCACAAGGACUGAGUUUCUUCCGAAACCUGCAAGACUACAGGAUCUUGGUGUGCGGGGGAGACGGCACCGUGGGCUGGAUCCUGGAUGCCAUAGACAAAGCAAACCUUCUGGUACGACCACCUGUAGCUGUGCUGCCACUCGGAACAGGAAAUGACCUCGCAAGAUGUCUCCGAUGGGGAGGAGGGUACGACGGCAUGGACCUGGGCCGGGUGCUGAAGGAGCUGGAGGGCAGCUCCCCGGUGCUCAUGGACCGCUGGAGCGUGCGGGUGGUGACGGACCCCGACCAGGAGGAGGGGGACCCCGUGCCCUACGAGAUCAUCAACAACUACUUCUCCAUCGGAGUGGACGCCUCCAUCGCGCACCGAUUUCACACCAUGAGGGAGAAGCAUCCUCAGAAGUUUAAUAGCAGAAUGAAGAAUAAGCUGUGGUAUUUUGAAUUUGCCACUUCAGAAACAAUCUCUGCAUCCUGCAAGAAAGUCAAUGAGUGUAUGACAAUUGAGUGCUGCGGUAUGCCUAUAGACCUCAGUAGCCUCUCGAUGGAGGGGAUCGCGGUUCUCAACAUUCCCAGCAUGCACGGCGGCUCCAACCUGUGGGGGGAGAUGAAGAAGGGGGACGUCAAGGCCGCUGCGGGCCAGGAGGAGCCCGAGGUCAUCGUCGACCCGGAGGUCCUCAAGGUCACCACACAAGACGUCAGCGACCGCAGGCUGGAGGUGGUGGGCCUGGAGGGGGUCAUUGAAAUGGGUCAGAUCUACACGGGCAUGAAGAGUGCAGUGAGGCUGGCCAAGACCUCACAGAUCACCAUCAGGACAACCAAGGCCCUGCCCAUGCAGAUCGAUGGAGAGCCCUGGAUGCAGCCUCCCUGCACGAUUCACAUCACACACAAAAAUCAAGCCAACAUGCUGAUGGCCCCCCUGGCCAAGUCUUCCAGCUUUUUUUUCAAAUAAAUACCAUCACAUUGGUGACUAUGACCCACUGACCGACCAGGGGCAGAAAGAUUUCUCUUUGGUAAUAUUCUGUUGUGAAUGUUUAGGCUGAAUGCGUAGCGUUGAAUGCAGUGAUGUAAAGUAGGUACGCACUGGGGAACUUCCAGUGCUCCUUUAAUACAGAAUCAAUUAAGCAUGACACGCCUUUUAGGAAUGCAACCCUGUCGAUGUGGCCUUUUAGAAAUGUAUAGGAUCUUCAUUCAUGGGUAUAUCAUUUUGACCAAAUUUGACUUCUCUGUUGUGGUUUCAUUUUAAUCCCCCAAUUCCUUACAAAUGUAUGACCCAUUUACCGCAACUGUGUAUGACCAUCUGAAGUAUUACAAUAUCAACGGAGGGAUGAAAGCAAAACUUCUAGCAAGCUUCAUAUGCCAUUGUUUGUGCCUUUUGAUAAGUUCUCUGUUGUUUAUGAUAUGAUUAGUUAGCCUACAUGCUCUUAAUGUAGUCGGAUCAUAGUGGAAGGGGACUUCUAGAAUAGCCUACCUCUUUUAUCGCUGAAGUUGAGUUUGAAUUGCUGUAUUGCCAAAUUAGCUUGAUUAGCUUGAGAAAUAAUUGGACUGUACAUUUUAACCUCAAACCGCAGAAGGUUAACUUAAGUUUCAGUUUCGGCUGAUCUUUACUCGGUUUGAAUUCAUUUUCUUUUUGUAUUUGUAUGUUUCACUUUCAUAUAAAUACUUAUGCCAGGAAGGGGAAGUUAUUAACCGGUCUACCACAGAAUAGAUGCCUCUAAGACGCCGCAGCCUAUAGAUGUCUAUACCGCUUUGAAUGUGCAUAUGUACAGCAAUGCCAUGCUGUAUUCUAUUUAGUUAAUUUUAAUGUGUUCAGUAAUAACUCAUAAUUUAUAUAUUUUUUCAAAAUAUUUUAUUUAAAACGCUCUGUCAACUGUUGUGGUGCGUGUUUAAAUGCUUUCAUUCGCCAUAUAUUUUUCAAUUAAUAUUGAGAAUGUUGAUAUUAUACUGUAGUAGUGAAUCAAGGUUUUAAUAAACCAUGAUAAACUUGUUUGGUUGUAAUUUAUUUCCAUCAACUUUUCUGUAA